AUGGAUGCCGCUGCCAAUAUUGCCGCCCCCGCUGCGGCCCCACGACCGCGGGCCCUGGUGUAUCGCGGCCCAGCUGGCCAUCAUGACCUGUCCAAGGCCGUCGCUCAGCUGCUCGAGUCGUCACCCCGACGCUUUGAGGUCCAAUACGCAGGGCCGAACGAGAGCGUCGAUGUCACGAGGGAGAGCCUGAGCCACGUGCAGCUCUACGCUCAACCCGGCGGACCAGAUCUCGACUACGCCUGGGCCCAGACCAGAGCGUACGCCCCAGCCAUCCGGGACUUUGUCUCCAGGGGUGGUCGCUACUUGGGCUUCUGCCUUGGGGCUUACCUGGCGGGGCACUCGCCGGGGUUUGGGCUGCUGCCACGUGGCGCCGAUACCGAUGCCGAGCACUGCCAAAAGGGCGCCCAGGUCAAGCACGACAGGGACACCAUUAUCCAGAUUGACUGGAACUUUUCCACCGGCCCCAACGCCGGCCGCAUCCUACAGGACCAGUGGGUGUUUUUCCAGGAAGGCGCCGUCAUCAAGGGCCUGGACGACAGCGACAGCAGCAUCGUCCUGGCGCGCUACUCGCAGAGCGGACGCGUCGCCUCGUCGCUGAACAAGUACGGCGACGGGUGGGUAGGCCUGACUGGGCCUCACCCGGAGGCCACGGAUGAGUGGUUCAGCAACUACAACAUCAACAGCCCUCACGGGCUGCGGCACGACAUUGGCCACGACCUGAUUGAGGCCAUCAUGACGGGCGGCUGCUCCGUCAGCAAGUGCAAGUCGGACGAUUGGCCGGUAAGCGCGCUCCGGGCCAGCAAGUCGCGCAACCCGUUGAGCAGGCUGUUGGGGUCCAAGCGGUAG